AUUUGGAGUGAGAGUUAAGAAGAGGAUCCCAAGGCCAGCCCCUCCACCAUCCUGGUGACAUUGGUGGAAAUUUUCCUGGACCCGAUCAAGCGCAUAGCCCGGCUGCUGUGUUGGCCAGAACCCUGUGUGUAUCUUCCUGCAACUCAUUCUUUCGACCACAGGAGGGACCUUCUGUCUUCAUCAUCACAGGAGGGGCGGAGCAUCCUCCGAAGCUCCGGAGAACAGAGCCCGGCCAGGCUUGGCCGAGGGGCUGCAUUUCACAGGCUGCAGCUGACAAGAAGCCUCAAGUGGAAAUUUUUCUGGAUCUGAUCAAGCACAUAACCUGUUGCUGUGCUGGCUCUGACUUUCACGUGUCCUCCUGCAACUCAUUCUUCAGAACCCAGCCCGUGAGACUCAGGACAUCUGGACCACAAGGCCAGAUCUUCACAGUCCAUACGACAUUGGUAUCUUCCACAUUGUCUCAUUCAAACAACGUGUUCAAGCAUUCUUUGGAAAUUCAGCUGGAGAACAGUUUGCAUAAGCUGUGAAUUCUUUUAUAGUUCUAAGACAAAAGAGACUGGUAGGAGUACUGUUUUGGUCAGGACUGCCUUAGUAGUGACCAGAAUAGCCAAACACUUCAGUCUCUAAUAACUUUUGACACAAAUCUAAAUCAUAAUGGAUGCUGAGUAUGUUCUAUGUAAUUGGAAAGAUCAAUUAUGGCCAGCAAAAGUUUUAUCUCGAUCUGAAACUUCAUCAAACAGUAAGAGAAAAAAGACAUAUUCCCUUGAAGUUGAAAUACUCUCUCUGGAUGAAAAAAUUCAAGUGGAGAGCACAGAAACAAAGGUCCUUAGUAAACCUCAGAUCGAAGCCAUUGUCUCCUCACUAACAGCGCACUCAGAGGUCAGUUCUGAGCCUACAGAGGAAAGCACGUAUGAAAGAUCACUAAAAGUGGCACUGAAUAUUCUGAAUGAAAGAACCAGCAUCAGUCAAGCAAGCAGUUCCGAUGAAGAAGAAACCACUACACUGCCUGAAGAUGGGCCAGAAAAGCCAGAUCAGCUUUCAGAUUCACCCCCUCGUAAAAAGUGUCGGCAGCAAGAAGGCGACCCACUGGAGUGUGUUGAUGAAAGUGAAAAUCCACCCUCUCUGUCAGUAUCUUCAGAGAGUGAUAAUACCCCGUGUGAUGACAAAUCACAGGUGCCCUCAAUCACUGAUACUUCUCCAAAUGAAACGGAAACAAAGUUAUCUCUAAACUCUAACUGGUGUGAGGCUUUCCCUUCACUUUCAGAAGAUGAUGAUGAUGAGAAAGAGAAUAAAAAAAAAAUUGACAUCACUAUAGUUCCAUGCUUUUAUCCCACAAUCAAAGAAGAGGAUGAAUGUGUUAAAGAAGAAAAAUUUGCUCCAAAUUCACCACUAGAUAGCUUCAGUGUGCCCAAAGCUCUGAAGGAGGAGACAGAGGACAUAUCCACGGAGUCCCUGGCCGUUUCCUCAGAAUGCACACCCUUGUUAGAGAAUAUUGAAGAUCCUGGGGAAGGUCCCUCAAAUCCAUGCCCUGACACCAAUCAGGAGCAACCUCCUGUGGAAUCAGAGACAGGAGCUGCGACAUCUCCCAGGCCUUGUUCAUGGGAGUGUCAGCUUUCAUUAAGUGCCUCUAACAGUGUUCUAGAUUAUUCACUCCUUCUUGUGAAUAAUGAAAGAAAUCUUAACAGACUGGAUUUUGAGGAUCUUGAGGAAGAACUUCAAGCUUCUGGUAAGUCAGUGCAUCAGAAUUCUAUUGAUGCUUCCAUAUUAGAUGACAAUGAGGAAGAUGAAGAACUCCCACGCGUCAUUUUUCAUUAUGAGACACGUUCAUUUGAAGCAGGAAUGAUAGUUUGGUUUAAAUACCAAAAAUAUCCUUUUUGGCCAGCAGUGGUCAAAAGCAUCAGGAGAAAAGAGAGAAAAGCAAGUGUGCUUUUUGUUGAGGCAAACAUGAAUCCUGACAAAAGAGGCAUUAGAGUGCCUUUUAGAAGAUUAAAGAAAUUUGAUUGUAAUGAAAAACAAGCACUUGUCGAUAAAGCCAGGGAGGAGUACAGUGAAAGUAUUGACUGGUGUAUCUCACUGAUAUGUGAUUACAGAGUUAGAAUAGGUUGUGGUUCUUUUUCAGGCUCUUUUCUUGAGUAUUAUGCUGCUGACAUUAGUUACCCAAUUCGGAAAGUAACCAAACAAGAUACCUUCAGAAACAAAUUUCCAAAGCUCCAAAGUGAUGAUAUUGGGGAGUCAAUGGUUGUGACUUCGCAAACCAAGAAAAUGUCCUUCCAGAAAAUUCUCCCUGAUCGGAUGAAGGCUGCUCGGGACCGAGCCAAUAAGAACCUAGUGGACUUUAUUGUAAAUGCAAAGGGAACAGAGAAUCAUCUCCUAGCCAUUUUAAAAGGCACAAAAGGAUCAAGGUGGCUGAAAUCAUUUUUGAAUGCAAAUAGGUUCACUCCCUGUAUUGAAACAUACUUUGAGGAUGAAGAUCAGUUGGAUGAGGUGGUGAAGUAUCUACAAGAAAUCUACAAACAAAUAGAUGAAAGGAUGCUGACUCUGAUAAAAGAUGACAAAAUUAAAUUUAUUCUGGAGGUUCUUCUACCAGAAGCGAUCAUCUGUUCAAUUUCUGCUGUUGAUGGAUUAGAUUACAAGGCAGCUGAAGCAAAGUAUCUAAAAGGACCAUCUCUAGGAUACAGGGAAAGAGAGUUAUUUGAUGCAAAAAUCAUAUUUGAAAAGAGACGGAAACCAUUAACAAAUGAAACUCAUUAAGACUCCCACGUGUCCCAACUAUAACAGCUUUCAUAGAUGUUAGUUUUUAAAAAAAAAUCUGAAUAAUUCCAGCAUAUAAAUAUUUUCCAUAAACAGGAGACUUUUGGUACUGUGUUUACUUUUUGGCAACCUCUAAAAUCUGUGCAUAUACUACAUCUUUUUUUAAUGCUUCUUCAAGUCAAUUUUAUUAACAUAACUCAGCAACCUGCUUUCCCAUACAUUUGUAGAAUGCAUAAUUGCUAACUGAUUUUUAAGGGAAAGUAAUUUUUUUUUGGUAUUUUUACAUCUAUGCUGUAUAAUUAAAUACAGUGUGCACAAUCAUUUCAAUUUAAAAAUUGCACUGGUGUUAGAUAGUAAGCAAGAUAAUUAGAAAAAAUCUAAAGUCAUCAAUUAUAUAUUUUUUGCUUAAUU